UUAACAUGAGUAUCUCAUCUAUGGUUUUUCGCCGUGUUUCAGAUGAACAAAGCAACCAUUGUUGAGGAUGCCAUCACUUACAUCCAGGAGCUGCAGCAGAAAGUAGACCUCCUCCAGGACCAGAUUUUUGAGAUGGAAGCAUCAUCAGAAGAAACACUGGAGCCAAACACAGACGAAACUCAUGCUGAUGCAGCAGAAGAGAUGAAGAAAUUCGGGAUUCAGACAGAGGUGAAUGUGACCAAGAUUGAUGGGAACAAACUCUGGGUGAAGGUAGUCCUCGAGAAGAAACGAGGAGGGUUCACAAAACUGAUGGGAGCCAUGACCACCUUUGGCUUCGAACUCACUGACACCAGCAUCACUACCUCCAGUGGAGCAAUGAUGGUUUCAUCCUGUGUAACGGUAAGUCAUCGCAAAAACAAAGAAAGCUGUGAAAUUUUAUCUGUACCAGAAGUUAAUAUAAAUUCUAAUCAUUUUCAGGGAUUCUCCUGCGAAAUGCUCGAAGUUGAGCAAACCAGGGAAUUGAUGCUGAAGAUCAUCAAUGACAUAUAGAGCAAAAUGGAAGGAUCAGAUCAUACAAUCACUUUCAAACUACAACACAACACAACUUGAAAAACAACUAACAUUGUUUUCUGUUUUGAUUACUUGUUAAUUUCACUUGGCAUAUGGCAAUCCAGAAGGUUCUAGGACAUCAUGUUUUUAUC